AUGUCUUCACAUCUUCACAGGACUCUCAACUUUUCAUUUUACUGCUUGAUAAUGAUGGUUCGAGCUGCUCCAUGGCCAGGUGGGAAUGGUUUUUGAGUGAAUCUUGAUCUUUUACAUUUUUCCGCGAGUUCUGGCCUUUUUGAAAAACCAGGCAGGUGAAAAAAUAUCAUCUGAAAUCCAAAACUCUAACGAUCACAACUGAAAAAAAAAAACGAAACUCCCUCCAGACUUUCUCCAACCUUUCUUUUUCUCAGAAUCGGAACAAAUGCGACAAGUCGUCGACGCCUACAAUAAAAGAGCCCUAGAAAUCGAGAUGAUGACGAAGCAGGCAGCGAUCUUGAAAAACCAAGUAGUUUUUCAUUGCACACAGUUCCAGAACUUGUAAAAAUUGAGGAAAUGGCGAUGAGUUCGACUCCAACAACUAUACCACCUCCGAUAUCACCACCGCCAUCGCCUAGACCUAGUAUCGAGGACGACAAGACGUUUGUUGCGAGUAAGGUCUUGAGGCGAUAAGUUACGGUAUCUGAUAGUUAAAGGAAUGGAAGAGCAGGCGCAUCUCGUCAAUCAACUCAACUUCAUGGCGGCGCAGGAAGCCAUGUCGAGGAACAACAUUUUGGGUUGGUUUUGGAGUAUUGAAUUGUCUCAAACUUGGAAUUAUCAGUAAUUUCGUGGAAAAGGAAAAAAUGAGAAGAGGAACUCAAAUCUAUCGAAAAAAAAACAGUUAAACGUCUUUGAAAAGCUUCGGCCUAACAUCGAUUCUAGGUAUAACAAAUUAAUAAGGUCACUCUCCGCGACGGUUUAUGAACCAAAAGCUUGAAAAACUAUCUGAUUUCACGGACGUCCGGUUUUAAUGAUUUUCAGCCGCGGAGGCCUCACUUCUCUCAGCCGCUCUCCGACCAAUGAUUCCUCUACCCAUUGGACCACCACCACCACCUCAGCAAAUCUUCCACUUUCCAUCAGCCUCUCAAGGUAUAAUCAAAUUUGCUCGACUUGAAAGGCGAGCGCGUAUGCGGUUCUUGGACUAUCUGGAGAGCUCAUUUGUCACUCUUUUCCUUUCUUUUUUUCAUUUUUUAAUCGAUUGGUCACCUCUGUACAUUAAAAAUUGUGAAAUAGAUACAAAAUGAGAGGAGACCGAACUUUUUAAAUAGUCGAAGGCGCUUGAAUUGAACUCGUGCCAAGAAACACAAUUGCGUCCCGCCUCCUUCUCUGUCUCCCUCGCCUUUCAAGUCGGAAUUGAUUGACCUUGCGUAGUUCCUGAAGAUUGUAAAAUCCCUUAUCAGCCCGGAUCGAAAUGGAAGAAGGCCCUGCGAUAGUUUCGAGACCAAUAAAGACUUACGAAGCUCUGCCGCCGCCAGGAGAGCAACUACCCUUGAGGCGCGACUUUGCCCCAUUCGUCAAGAAAUCCCAGCAAAAAAAUGAGACUGUGGAAGAGAAUUAG